AUGCAGAAAUGUCUAGAAGCGCCACUGUAUGAUAAAGAUUGUGUUUUAGGCAAUAUUUUGGCUGCGCACUACCUUAUCUCUUCGGACAUUUCCAGAGCCAAAACCUAUGCUCGAGCUGCUGAAUACCAUCUUGUAAGCUCUGCCUCAGUGAAUGAAAGAUUCUCUGUAGCUACUACUUGGGAAAGCCACUUUGAGGCCGUUAAUUACUUGAUCUCUGAUAACAUGGAAGAAGACAAGGCUUUGGAGUUACACUCUAAGCUCUUGAACAAGUUUCCUAAAGAUUUGCUAGCUUGGAAAAGAGUAGAGAUUUUGUGUUUCUACAUGGGUCGACCUGAUCUCUCUUUGCCUCUUUUUGAGAAGAUUCUACCGGAGAAUCGAGAACAAGACUAUGUUUAUGGAAUGCUUGCAUUCCCCUUAUUGGAGCUUGGACAUAUAACUGAAGCUGAGAAAGCUGCUAGGAAAGGAUAUGAGAUCAACAAAAACGACUCUUGGGCUCAUCAUUGCUUAUGUCAUGUUCUUCAAACUGCGUGUCGUUUCAAAGAAGCAGUAGAAUUCAUGUCAGGAUGCUCAGCUUCAUGGGAUUCUUGCUCUUCCUUAAGGUAUUCACAUAAUUGGUGGCAUGUCGCUGUUUGUUACUUGGAAGGAGGGUCACCGAUGAGUAAAGUACAAGAAAUUUAUGAUAAUCAGAUGUGCAAAGAGCUGGAGAAAGAAGAUGCAGUUGCUUCAGACGUGUACAUGGAUGCUCUCGCCAUCAAAGUACUGGAGAGGAGGAUAAAGCAGAGAAAUGGUGCUCCUUUCUUAUGGGAAAAGAGUUACCUCAUGGAAGGCGAUGCAGAAGCUGUCGUAACUACAUGUGAGAAAGCCAAUGUCUUGGAAUCUUCAUAUUUCAAGUUUGCUUGA